UUACUCUAGUCUCCCUGCAACGAACGACGCGCGCACCACGCAAUGCAUUGUCGGAAAUAAAUGGAGACCGGCAGGAGAUUACGGUGAGAAAAGCCAGCUUCUUCGAGUGAUUAGAGUCUCGUCGAAAAAUAAUCCGUUCCUCAUCUAGACGUUUAGGAGCAGUAAACUAACGGAGCAAUGUCCGAUUCCAGUGAUUUGGAUCGGCAAAUUGAACAGCUGAAAAAAUGCGAGAUUAUCAAAGAAGCCGAAGUUAAGGCUCUCUGUGCUAAAGCUAGGGAAAUCCUGAUCGAAGAAAGUAAUGUGCAGCGAGUCGACUCACCCGUUACUGUUUGCGGUGAUAUACACGGACAAUUUUAUGAUCUAAAAGAGUUGUUCAAAGUGGGUGGCGAUGUUCCUGAAACGAACUACCUUUUCAUGGGCGAUUUUGUUGACAGGGGAUUUUACAGUGUUGAAACAUUCUUGCUUCUUCUUGCUUUAAAAGUUCGCUAUCCCGACAGAAUAACCCUGAUCCGUGGUAAUCAUGAAUCGAGACAGAUAACGCAGGUUUAUGGUUUCUAUGACGAAUGCUUGCGCAAGUAUGGAAGCAUAACAGUGUGGCGAUACUGCACAGAGAUAUUUGAUUACCUGUCCCUGUCGGCAAUAAUCGAUGGAAAGAUAUUCUGCGUUCACGGUGGUCUUUCGCCUAGUAUUCAAACACUGGACCAAAUUAGAACAAUAGAUAGGAAACAAGAGGUACCACACGACGGUCCAAUGUGUGAUUUGCUCUGGUCAGAUCCUGAGGAUACGCAAGGAUGGGGCGUUUCUCCUCGAGGCGCUGGAUAUUUGUUUGGUAGCGACGUUGUUGCACAGUUCAACUCUGCUAAUGACAUAGACAUGAUUUGUCGAGCCCAUCAAUUAGUCAUGGAAGGGUACAAGUGGCAUUUUAAUGAAACAGUCCUUACGGUUUGGUCAGCGCCAAACUAUUGCUACAGAUGUGGUAACGUAGCAGCGAUAUUAGAACUGAAUGAACACCUCCAAAGAGAUUUUACCAUAUUUGAAGCAGCACCGCAAGAGAGUCGAGGAAUUCCGAGCAAGAAGCCUCAAGCUGAUUACUUUCUGUGAGAUUGACUUAUUUGGCAAGCAACGUGCUGCACUGCAGUUAAACCUCGACUCGGAGUCAGUUCGUAUCUUUACGUUGGCUGAAAUUGUACUAAUUUUGAAUGCAUCGGCUUAGUACGAUGACACGGUCAAAGUUUAAUUGUAAACAGCAUCUAAGUGGAAGAAAAAUAGUCUUAAUUAAACCAAUAUGAAGUAAUGUAUUUCCGAGCAGAUUUACCAAUCUUGCGAUUUCUAGUUCACCGUGUUAUUCCGCAUUGGAUUUCACCGUUUUAAACAAAUCUUGGCAUUUGUUGUAUCAAAUUUGUCCUGUCCGUAAAGGGUUUUUCCAUUUUGUAGCCAAAAUGUCGUUAAAUCUUGCGAAAGGAAACGAUUAUACGUUUGUUUUCGGAUCAAUGAGCCUUAAUGCUUAAGUCAAAAGUCAGUCGAAGAGAAAAACUCGUUCAAAAAUGUGCAAUAUUGUUUGCACCAAUGAUAGCAAACGCAAAUAAAACAACAUCCCUACUACGUAAUAGAAAUGAUUAUUAGCAAAUUCGGAUCACACACACUAAAGUCGUCAAUAAGGUUGAUGAAGUGAAAAGGUUGCAUAAAUAUAGUGUUUCAAUCAAUUUACUCUGAUGUUUUUCAUCGAAUUCUAAUGUGUUUGUGCUCAUUGUACUAGCUGUCCAAAAUUCCACAAAUUGUGUGAAAAACAUUCCAGAAAUUUCACAUUCUAGUAUACACUUACAAUACACAAAUGUAACUGUUGACAAACAUCUGUUAUAUCGUACUUAUAUAAAAAUACUUUUAUUCACUCUGAGGAUUACUUGAAGUAACAUUUUUUCUAGGUUAUUUAGAAAUCUCUAUGAUGAAAAAAUAAUGCCAUAAACAUUAGAAUCGGAUUAAAAAAAACUCAGUUUUAUGUUUUUUAACGUUCUAAUUAUAAAACUUUAUCUUAAAUUGUUGAUAUCUUAGCUUAUGUUAUUCGGUUUGUUCACAUUGAUUUCCAUUACACAGAUAUUAAUGGUCUUUCAUACGCGUUUACCACAAUUGGUGCACAUAACAUUGUUGGAUAUUUUUGAAUGGUUUCUUAUCUUCUGCGAACGUUUAAUGCAGUCUCUACGGCCCAUUCAUCUGCAAAAGCACAUGUGCUUGUGAAGUUAUUGUGAGUUUACAAUUUACAGCGAGGGAUGCUUUUGGUCCAAAAUCUAUGAUUCAAUGUCCAUUGUUAUAGGAUUUGAUAUUGAAUAAUAAAUGCAUUAUAUUAAGAAUAUCUACGUGAAAAUAUAUUGAUUGUGAAUUCGAUCAGACAGGAUCAUGCUGUAUCUAAAUUUGAAGCAUUUAAAUGGAAUGUUAAUGUGAUUUUAAACUUUCACUCUCCGCAUUACACCCAAUUUACGUAAUCGGUCACAAAGUUUGUACAAAUCCAAUAUAUUCCGGAAGGUCUGUUCAAAUGGGUGAUUUUAAAAUUGCGUUACAUACAUACAUAAAUACAUACUUUUCGAAUAACAGUCGUUAUGAGAUCAAUGAACCAAACUUGAAAGUCUGCCUAGCGAUAAAAUUGAUUGUAAUGUCAAUUCCCCAGUCACAUGUCAACUGAUAUUUCUUUUCAAUAUUGACUUAUCCGUCAUUGUAAUAAUACGCCUACCACUUCAUUUAAUAAACAGUAAAAGUAA